GGGGCGUUUUAGCCAGCUGGGGCAGCUCGGCUGGGAUGGGAGAUGGCCCUGUCUCUCCACUGGGCGUCUUCGUGCCGGGCCUGAGGUCACAGCCCUCAGCCUGGAGCGGCUGGGUUCACACUGUCAGCAGUGCCUGAUGCUGUGAGCAUCCUUGGUGCUGUGGCACUGGCUGGCUCGUUCACCCCUGAGCCUGCCACAUGCAGUGUUGGCUUCACCUCCAAGCAGAAUCACCAAGUCUUUAUUGUCUAUGCUGAUGCAUUUAUUAUUAUUAUUAUUAUUAUUUUUAAUCUGUCCCUAUCCAAGAGCAGCCUGCUCAAUGCACCAAAUCUGGCUACUGGCUGUGCCCCGAGGGAGCUUUCCCAGCUUUGACUGAGUUGUGUCGUGGCUGGGAACCAUUGUGAUCGAUUCCAUUCACGUUCAAGUUGUUUAGGAGGGUGAGCAGUAAACUGAGACACCAGCAAUUGACCUUUACCACAUCCCAACUGUUAGAGUCAAACCUGCCAGCUUUGCUGAGUAUGAAAUGAAUAUAGCACCGAAUGAAGCUAGUGGCUAAAUUUGUGUCUUCAGACUGAUAAACAUCCCAAGUAUUAGGCAGGGGAGGCACUUAGCGAUAGCCUCUUCCCGCUGCUGACUUGGGCUGAAGACAUCCCAUGGUUUGUAAAGCUCGGCACGGCUACCUUUGGGAUUGCAUGGAGAGGGACAGCGAACAGGGCUGGGUUAUUGGUUAAGUUAGCACAGCUGAAGUAGGGCUGGACCCAGCAUAACUCCACUUGGGCUGGAAAAUAAACUUGGUGGAAAGUGCAGCCAGGUACUGGAACUGGGCUCAGCAAGAAGGGAGCUGCAGCAGGCUAAGAUCUAACUCCUCAGUGCUUGGAGUGACCCCCUAGCUUCCUGCCUUGAUGCCAGUGCUUCCCACCGCAAGUUCUCUGCUCCCAGGCAUGGCCACCUGGGCUUCCUCCCCCACAAGAGAAGCCGCCGCCACCGAGGGAAGGUGAAGACGUGGCCUAAGGAUGAUCCCAGCAAACCGGUCCACCUGACAGCUUUCCUGGGCUACAAAGCUGGCAUGACGCAUACCCUGCGGGAGGUGCACAGGCCCGGGCUCAAGGUCUCCAAGAGGGAGGAGGUGGAGGCCGUGACCAUCAUUGAGACCCCCCCGAUGGUGGUGGUGGGAGUCGUGGGAUAUGUAGAAACACCAAAGGGCUUGAGGAAUUUCAAGACUGUUUUUGCUGAGCACAUCAGCGAUGAGUGCAGACGGCGUUUCUACAAGAACUGGCACAAGAGCAAGAAGAAGGCUUUCACCAAGUACUGCAAAAAAUGGCAGGAUGAGGAUGGCAAAAAACAGCUGGAGAAGGAUUUUACAGCUAUGAAAAAGUACUGCAAGGUCAUUCGUGUCAUUGUGCACACGCAGAUGAAGCUGCUCCCCCUGCGGCAGAAGAAGGCCCAUGUGAUGGAGAUCCAGCUGAAUGGUGGGACAGUGGCUGACAAGGUUGACUGGGUCCGUGAGAGGCUGGAGAAGCAGGUCUCCGUGCACAGCGUCUUCAGCCAGAAUGAGAUGAUUGAUGUCAUUGGCGUGACCAAGGGGCAUGGGAUGAAAGGGGUGACGAGCCGAUGGCACUCCAAGAAGCUCCCCAGGAAGACACACAAGGGCUUGCGUAAAGUUGCCUGCAUCGGAGCCUGGCACCCAGCCCGGGUUGGCUACUCCAUUGCUCGUGCUGGCCAGAAGGGCUACCACCACCGCACGGAGCUCAACAAGAAGAUUUACCGCAUUGGCCAUGGGAUCCAUGUGGAAGAUGGCAAAGUGGUGAAGAACAAUGCCUCAACGAACUACGAUGUCACAGAAAAGACCAUUACACCUCUGGGCGGCUUUCCCCACUAUGGGGAGGUCAACAACGACUUCCUCAUGCUGAAGGGCUGCGUCGUGGGCACCAAGAAGCGUGUGCUCACCCUCCGGAAGUCCCUUCUGGUGCAUACCAGCCGGCGGGCUCAGGAAGCCAUUGAACUCAAAUUCAUUGAUACCACGUCCAAGUUUGGCCAUGGCUGCUUCCAGACAGCUCAGGAGAAGCGGGCUUUCAUGGGCCCUCAGAAGAAACACUUGGUGAAAGGGAAGCCAGGUGUGCAAGAAGAGUCAUAAGGGCUGCGAUACACAAGGCUUCCUAAUCGGGCACCUUCAAUAAAGGGGUUUCAAACCGUGCCUGUUGCCUGUCUUCCUUCUGGAGGAGUGUCCCGCCUGUGUUCGGUGCCACCUGUGUGCAGCAGCGUGUCCUCGAGGCACCUCGCAGCUGGGGAUGGGGCAGGUAACGCUCAGGACAGGCCCGUAUGGAGGGGAUUAACUGGGACAGCCAAGUGUCUGCUCUGUCCUGUGGAUCCUCCCUUUUUGAAUGAUUUUUUUUCACUGCCUGUGAAAAAAAAUCAUUCUGCCAAUCUGCCAUCUUCACCUGAACCACGGUGAAGGGCUCUCCUUCCUCUUCCAGAGCAGAGCAGGUACCAAACAGCAUUUCUGCCCAGUUGCUGCUGGGAGCACGGGGCCUCCCUGCUACCUGCCUCUGCCCAGCCUCACUGCCCAGCUCUCCCCUGACCAUCUCUCGCGUGCACACCCCAGCACUUCUCCUGCCAAGCUGGAAGCACGAUCCAUGGCUUUCUCUCUCCAGGAACCCCACAUGUGGCAUCCAUCCAGCCGUGGGAACGUGUGCGCAAUAAGAUGGCUGCUAGGUAAGAC